CUUGGCUUUCCAGUGGGAGGGGCAUGUGAUCGUGCCAAUUUGGCUGCCAUGCCACUUUCUUCCUUCCACAUAAACACCAAACUGCUCCCCAAGGCUGCGAAUUGCAUACAUACCAGUAACAGUCUAAAGUAAAUACAUCCAAAAUGUCAGCAUCACCGAAUAACACUGGAGAUGGAGCCGGCGGCAACGCUGACGAGAAACCUCGUCUUACCGAGGAAGAGAAGAAGCAGAACCACAUUGCAUCUGAACAAAAGAGACGACAGGCUAUCCGUGAAGGAUUUGACCGACUUACGGAACUUGUCCCCGGCCUAGAGGGCCAGGGCCGAUCUGAAGGUCUGGUGCUCAAGCGCACCGUCGAUUACAUGCGCCAACAGCUUGACGAGAGGGAGGCAAUGAUUGGGCAAAUAGAAGGCGCUGGUGGCCAGGUUGAUCCGAAACUGAAAGAUCAAGGCUUUAAGCACCCGUCGCAACGUCGAUGACGACUCUCCGAAACGCAAUUCUAAGCGUAUGGCUGCUUAAGAAUUGAGACACUACCUAAUGAUACGAUUAUUGGACUGUUGGAGUGGUGACCUACGCCAAUGCGGCGAGCUCAGCGAGGAACCUCGGCUCUGCCAUCGUGGCGAUUGUCAGACGAAUUUACAAAGUGGUUUAGAUUAUUCCCCUAAUUGUUGGCGGCGCGGCGUUAACUGGUAUAGACUUUUAUUAUAGUACAAAUUACAAAUAUAUUACAAUCGUGCUGAUUACUGAAAGGUGUCUACCAUUUCGAGCAUCUUGUCACGGAGCUGUCCAGGCGCGAAGCGCUCCUUGCCCAGGCUGACCUGCCGGUUUUUAACAUCCUCUUCACCGACAAUCAGGAUCUGGCUGUAACCACUGUUGCGAGCCUCACGGAUCUUCAAUCCGAGAGACCGUGCUGUUGUAUCCAUAUCCACUGCCAGGCCGGUUUGACCAGAAAGAGCAACGCCUUGUGGUAAGGGCUCGGCUUCCUUGCCAUCAUAGGAGCGGGGAAUGUUGCCAACAAGAACACUUCUGACUGUAUCGGCCCAUUCUAAUACGGGAUCGGUCGUGUUGACGGUGAGGAUAAUGGCUUGGCGCGGGUUGAGCCAAAAGGGCCACUUUCCGUUGUAGUUUUCAAUGAGGAGGGCCAACAAGCGCUCUACCGAUCCGAGAACAGCACGGUGAAUCAUAACGGGGCGAACAGGACCAUAUUCGGCAAGGAGUGCAGGGUCGGUUGUCGUCUCGCCGCGGGCUUCAAACUCGGGAGCCGGUGCUUGGUACUCAAGCUCGAAUCGCUUCGGUAGCUGAAAGUCCAGCUGAACCGUUGCUGUCUGGUGCUCCUUUCCAUCAGAAUCUUUGAGUACAAUGUCAAUCUUCGGGCCGUAGAACGCGCCGUCUCCUUCGUUGACUGUCCAUGGCAUGCCGGAGGCAUCCAGCGCGCGACGCAGACCAUCUUCUGCUCUGUCCCAUUCCUCGGCGGUGCCAAUAUAGUGUUCCUUGGGCCGUGUCGAUAGAGCAAGGCGGUAGCUCACGCCUAGCUGAAGCACGGUAUAUACGACUUUGACAAAGUCCAGUGUUUUCUUGAUCUCGUCUUCGACUUGGCACGGUCUGCAGAAGAUGUGGCCGUCGUCUUGGUGGAAGCGGCGCACGCGUGUAAGGCCAGAGAGAGCCCCUGAAAUCUCGUUGCGAUGCAAUGGGCUAAAGUCGGCGUAUCGAACAGGAAGGUCGCGGUAGCUGUGUAGCUUCGAUGCAAAGAUGAGGCAGUGGCCGGGGCAGUUCAUGGGCUUGAGGCCGAAUUCGGAGUCGUCUUCUUCGCCUUCCGCCGGUUGUUUGCCGUCUGAGCUGCUACAACAUGUACUUGAUGCUGUAGCAGCUGGAUUGAUGUUCCCCGUCACCGUGUACAUGUCAUCGGCAUAGUUCUCGAGGUGGCCCGACUUGGCCCAGAGCGACUUCUUGUAGAUGGUCGGCGUGAUGACCUCCUCGAAUCCGUAUCGCACGUACUGCUUGCGUAGGAAGUCGACUAGGCGGUUGAAGACUCGCGCGCCAUUGGGAAGAAAGAUUGGCGAUCCGGGGCUGUAUUUUGACUGGAUGAAUAGUUCCUGCUGGUGACCGAGCUUGCGAUGGUCAGGAGGUUCGCGCGGCGGGGGUUGUUUGGAGUAUGCGCGGCGCGGAGUACAUUGCGGACAAACCCAUGGCGCUCUAUGAAGCGUUCUAACAGCGCCACGGGCAAUGCCCCUUGAGCGAAUCAUGACGACGGUCGGUUGUGG